AUGAAUACAUGUCAUCUUAUAAACAAACGAUUCAAUAACAAAGAAAAUGAUAGUUCUACUACAAAUACAACUACAAUUAUAACUCCUACAACUACAAUUACAACUACUACAUCAAUUGUAGACAUGGUACUUGGUACAUUGAAUGAUCUAAAUUGGGUAAUACCUAAUGGUAUCACUACAAUGACAUUUGGAAAUGCAUUCAAUACUUCGUUGGUACCCGGAGCAUUGCCAGAGUCACUCCGCUCUUUGACCUUUGGCAUAAGCUUCAACCAACGUUUGAACAUUGGUGAGCUACCUCCCAACCUGACCAAGUUAACCUUUGGUUAUUGUUAUAACCGAUCGUUGGCAGUUGGAGCCCUGCCCGCCAGCCUGACAACACUCACCUUUGGCUACUAUUUCAAUCAAGAAUUGGCUGUUGGUUCGCUACCCAUCAGCCUGACCCGUCUCACAUUUGGACACUAUUACAAUGAAGAGAUCAAACCCAAUGUGCUCCCACUGGCGCUCAAACAUCUGACCCUUGGCACUAGGUACGACACUCCGAUUGAUGAGGGUGUCCUCCCAUUUGGAUUGCACUACCUUGAGUUUGGAGAUUACUUCACGAGGAAGUUACACAGGAAUUCAUUGCCAGAGUCACUCAAGGUGAUAAGAUUCGGUCGAAUGUUUGAUCACAAGACCUAUCAUCUACCUGCAUCCCUGACAACGCUAAGAUUUGGCAAUGACUUCAACACUCCAUUCGAAACAUUGGAGGCGUCGCCAGACCAUUAUCUUCCGCCCAACUUAACAAAGCUCACAUUGGGCUUUGAAUUCAAUCAACCUAUAAUCAAAGGACAACUACCAACAACACUUACAACUCUAAGAUUCGGCACGCUAUACAAACAACCAUUGAAGGUUGGAUGUCUUCCCGAAUCAUUGCUCACACUCGACCUUGGCGUGUUCUACAACCAUGAACUGGUGCCUGGCGUACUACCAUCGACACUGACCACACUCAUAAUCUCUGGCGAGUACACCAAACCUUUGGUAGCAGGCGCGCUGCCUGACUCCCUCACCUCACUGGUCCUUGGACUCACUCGCGUGGCCGACAUCACACUUCCGGAAGCAUCCAAGACCAACCUCAAGCAUCUCACUUGUCCUUACGUCUCACAUAUCAAGUGUGUGGAUAAUGGAUCAUCACAAAUCGAUGUGAUACGUGUUGUCAACACUGUAUUGAUUGGAGAACAAUUGCCUUUAGUAUCAACAAAGAUCAAGACAUUGGAGGUGGCACUGGACAUUACACAAAAUAUUAGAUACACCAAAGAGGAACAUCAAAAACAACUUCAAGGCAAUGUACAUAAGUUUUACAAGGCAUUGGUCCAGUCUGUACCCAAAGUAUCAGACUAUUCAAUUGGAUUGUCAAAGACAACUGCGACCAAGAGAGAUAGGAACACAAUUACAAGUUCUUCAGAUUUAAUAAGUACUACCAUGCUUAGAAGGAUUGGAGAAAACAGUGUACUAUGCCUAGAAGGACACAACAUAUCUAAGCAGGAUGUUCAUCCUCGACUUUAUAUG